AUGACUCAACAUCAAAACCUUCGCGAUUUGUUUGUGAGAAAUGGUCAGGGACACAUAUUCACCUUCGAGAAGGACCUCUCCGAAGAACAAUUGGCACAACUGUAUCAACAAUUGGAAGAGUUACCAAGCCCUGAGUUGUUGAAUGGAAUGUUUCAGGAAUCGGUGGUUUUAUCUGGUUCUCCAAGUCGACCCUCCGAUGUGAUUGAGCCUCCUCCGAAUCAGGUGAUAUCCUUCAACAGAAGUGGCACCGAAGAGGAAGAAUUAAAACAAAUUGGUAUGGAUGCUAUUAAACGAGGAGAGUUGGGCGUGCUGUUACUUUCGGGAGGUCAAGGUACUCGUCUCGGAAGUUUAUUACCCAAAGGAAUGUAUGAUGUUGGGUUACAGAGUGGAAAGACCUUGUUCCAUAUCCAAGCAGAGAGAAUUUUGAGAUUACAACAACUUGCUGGAGCUGACCAACCAAUUCCUUGGUACAUUAUGACUUCCAACUUCACUCACGAAGAGACUGAGCAAUAUUUCAAAGACAAUUCAUAUUUUGGACUCAAAAAGGAACAAAUUCUAUUUUUCCAGCAAGGAGAUGUCCCUUGUUUUUCAAUGGAUGGCAAGCUAUUGUUGCAGUCAAAAUAUGAAAUUGCCACAGCCCCCAAUGGAAAUGGUGGAGUUUAUCAAGCUCUUGUUAAAUUUGGAAUUUUGGAUCACAUGAAACAAAGAGGAAUCAAAUAUAUUCAUUCGUACUGUGUGGACAAUAUUUUGGUGAAGAUUGGAGACCCAAUUUUUAUUGGACAUUGUAUUAAGCAUGGCUGUGACUUUGGUACAAAGGUAGUGCCAAAGAGAGAUCCUCAUGAAAAAGUAGGAGUAUUCGCAUUGAAGAAUGGCAAAUAUCAUGUUGUCGAAUAUAGUGAAAUCACUAAGGAAAUGGCUGAAAGAGUUGAUCAAACAUCAGGACAACUCUGUUUCAAUGCAGGUAAUAUUGUCAACUUCUUCUAUACACUAGAGUUUUUAGAAAGGUGUGCUGAAAUUCUCAACACACACAAGCUGUAUCAUAUUGCAAAGAAAGAUAUCGAAUCAGUGGACAUCAAUACUGGUGAGAAAAAGAAACAACCAGGUGUGAAACUUGAACUUUUCAACUUUGAUAUUGUAGAGUAUGCAAAAUCUGUUACUAUUUUCCAAGUAGAUCGAGAGUCUGAAUUUUCUCCUCUCAAGAAUGCACCAAACCAAAACAAUGCCGAUUCUCCUGAGACUUGUCGCAGAGAUUUAUCUAUCCUCCAUUCAAAGUAUCUACAACGGGUUGGAGCCAAUGUUGUUGGAGAUUGCAAAACUCAACUCUGUGAAAUAUCUCCUCUGAUUACCUAUGCUGGCGAGAAUUUGGAGUCUUUCAAAGGAAAGACCAUUCAAUUACCCUGCCAUAUCACACACCUUAAUUAA